AGAAAAAAAAACUGUCCAACCCCUCCGAAGAUUUCCUGUUUCAUGGAGAGCGCACAUACUGUGAGUCAUAUAGGGCAAGUUCUACCCCGGUGUGUUUACUCUGCCUCUUCUACCCGGAGCUGUGAAGGCGUUUUACGUGGGAGCAACAGGCGGACCGAGGAAAGUCCGCGACGCCUGGAUAUUAACCCGUUGUCAAGGCGUCGGUUAAUUAAUGAGAAAGAGGGGAGUGUAUAGUCCGUCUCUAAAUGGAGCUACUUCGGUUUUCCGCUUUUUGGUGUGGAACGAUACUCUUCGGUAGUGUUCUCCUCGAGGAGACCGAGGCCAGUAUAAUGAAGGUAAGGAGGCUGUGCAAGUUCUGUGAUGUGCGGGCAACCAGCUGCACAGGUAAAGGGACCUGUAAGGCGGAGUGCGACAUCACGUCCAUCUGCCCCAAAGAUGAAGAUGUGUGUGUCAGUAUUUGGAGGAAGAAAGAUGACAAUGUCACCUUUGAUACAGUUUGCCACAACCCAGCUCAGAAGCUGUAUGGCCUGGUCUUGGAGGAUUACAACAACAGCAAGUGUCAGAUGAAAGAAAGAAAGGGCAUGGGCUCACAGUUCUUCAUCUGUUCUUGCUCGGAGGAUGAAUGCAAUGAGAACAUCUUUUUUAACCCAUCCAUGGAUUCCCAGGUGGUAGGAGUCAUCUUAGUGAGCCUGGUGCCUCUGCUGGUUAUGGCUGUUGUUGUCAUCACUUCCUUCUACUGCUAUCGGGUUUACCGCCAGCGGCAAGCCAGCUCCAGACGCAAGAAGGGUCGUGCACCGGACUUCAGUGACGCUCAAGCCAUCAUGAUAGACGAAGAAGGUUCAGACAGCAGCUCCACACUCGCCAACAAUCUCAACCACAACACCGAGCUGCUGCCCAUUGAACUGGAUGUUCAGGUUGGAAAAGGACGUUUUGCAGAAGUUUACAAAGCUAAACUGAAGCAGGGCUCCUCAGUCAGCGAGGAGCAGGGCUUUGAGACAGUGGCCAUUAAAAUUUUCCCAUGCGAGGAGUAUGCCUCCUGGAAAAAUGAGAAAGACAUCUUCUCAGACGCGGACUUGAGACAUGAGAAUGUACUUCACUUCCUGACAGCAGAGGAACGGAAGAUGCAGAGACAGUACUGGCUGAUCACAGCCUACCAGCCAAGAGGGAAUCUUCAAGAGUACCUGAUUCAUCAUAUUGUCAACUGGCACGAGCUGUGGCUGCUAGGGAGUUCAGUAGCCCGUGGAGUGGCUCACCUUCACAGUGACCACACCCCCUGUGGCCGCUACAAAGUGGCUAUCGCACACAGGGACAUUAAGAGCUCCAACAUACUUGUGAAAAGCGACCUGACCUGCUGCUUGUGUGACUUCGGCCUCUCGCUCCGGCUGGACAACAAUCUGUCUGUGGAUGAGUUGGCCAACAGUGGGCAGGUGGGUACAGCCAGAUACAUGGCCCCAGAGGUGUUGGAGUCGAAAAUCAACCUAGAAAACAUUGAGUCUUUCAAACAGGCCGAUGUUUACUCUAUGGCUCUCGUGCUGUGGGAGAUCAUCUCCAGGUGCAGUGCUAUUGGAGAAGUGAAAGAGUAUGAGCCACCCUUUGGGAACCUGAGGGAACACCCAUGUGUAGAGAGCAUGAAGGACAGCGUUCUCCGAGACAGAGGAAGACCUGAGGUCCCCAACAGCUGGAUCAACCACACAGGCAUCCAGAUGGUGUGCGCCUCCAUAGAGGACUGCUGGGACCAUGACCCGGAGGCCCGUCUGACAGCCCAGUGCGUUGCUGAGCGCUUCGACGACAUGGAGUACCUAGAAAAGCUGUCGGAUCGCUCUGACUCAGAGGAGAAGAUCCCCGAAGAAAUCUUUGUUGUGGACGAGAAGUAGAGCUCAAAUGAAACAGUGCCCCCACCAGGGCAGCUGGGGAAUUACAACCAAGCAGCUGGGAGAGAAAGAACUUCCAGCGGACGCAUUGUUUGCUGUGGUUUCGUCAGAGAUGUGUGACGGAGUAGCAAACCGGAAAAUCGUGUAGAUGAAAGUGACCUGUUACCAGAGAUGGGCUUGAAUACAGUAAACGGAUCAGGACCAAGAUAAAUACAAACACCAGUGACUGACUUGAUUUGUUCUUCUCUACAUGCUUCAAAGACUGGAUCAAGUCAUAAACAAACAGGGAAAUCGCGUUAUUAAGCUUUUUUAACCAAAUACUAUUUGCACUUUAUCAGUAUCUAUGCACACCAAAUGAUUGAUAUAUAGUAUUCAGUGUCGUUUUUGUUUUGACACUACACUUCAGGUAUAGGAAAUUAAGGGAAGGGACAGCACGAAUUUAGAAAAGGGAGUAAUGCAAAAUAUUAGGACAGUUAUUAGGACACUACGAAUAAAUAUAGGAUAUAUUGGACUGCCCACUUAAAUAUUUUCUGAGGUGGCCUGUUGGCCUUGAAUAGAUGUCAGUGGGACUGGAUGACGGCAUGAUGCAAGAUUGAAGACGCAAGUAUAAUUUCUUGUGGCAUGAAAUGGAAAUUACCCAAAGCAAAGGAAUCAAAAAGCCAUCCAAGGCAGUUCAUUUCAAGGAAAAUGAAAUGAAAAAUAAAGACAGCGAACUCAGCCUGAAAGGAAAAGGGAAACAGAUGUUUGUGUCUGUGUGUGUGUGUGUGUGUGUGUGUGUGUGUGUGUGUGUGUGUGCUGGUGCGUGUGUGUGUGUGCUGGUGCGUGUGUGUGUGCUGGUGCGUGUGUGUACAUGUACAUGUAUACAUGUGUAGUACUCAUAGGACUGUGAUCCCAAAAACGAAAGUCUGCUUAACCAGACCAAGAGAAUAAUGGGAAGAGAGAUAUGUAUAUAGGACUCUUAACUGGAGGAUGUAGCCCGCAGCCUAUUUACCGUAAGAGCUGAACUUGUUUGUAGACAUUUUUUUACAGAAAAGGGAAGUCUGAUCUCAUUUAGGGAUACAUAAAAGUCAUUUUUGUAUAAAAGUGUAAAGUCAUAAUUAAA